AUGAAUGAAAUUUUUCCAGAUGUCUCAGUUCCUUACCCUUCUAAUUCUGCAGAUAUCAGUAGUCUGCCUUAAGUAACCAUCCAACAAGCACUUGAUCAUCGAUAAGCCAAUAGAGUCGGUCGACCAAAUUAUAAAGGAAGAAUUUGUAAUUGUUGUGGCUUGCAAAUUGAAAGAGAAAACUUCAAUUUGGGAAUAUCUAGUGAUCAAUUGGGAUUUCUAGGCACCGGCUAUCCUUUGUAUUUUGAUUUCAUCAAAUCUUGUUUAACAAUUAUUGCCAUCCAAUACAUCACAGUUGGUAAUUUCUAAUUAAUAACUCACAUUGGAACAUUGUUUGAAUUAUCAGAGACAUAGUAAGGAUUAUAAGAAAAGUAAAGCAUCUUAAGUCUCACUGCUCUAUACUUUACUAUGAUCUACUUAAUUUAUUUUAGACAUAAUUAAAUUAAGUUGGAUAGUUUUUGUGACUUAAAACAAACCACCCCAGGAGAUUAUACAGUCCUAUUCUAAAAGUUACCUUUGGAUUUAUCAAGAGAAGAAUUAGAACUGAAAAUAAAGGAGGAAUUCGAGAAUGUAGUAAAAGUGUGCUUCAUUUUCAAAUAAAUAAUAAAACAAAAAAACAACAAGAGAAUGUUUCUAGAUCAAUUAUAAGAUACAUACUUUGAACAAAACUAAUUUUCUGGCAAUGCCCUAGUAUCAUUUAAAUAUAAGGAGGAUAAACUUAAAUUAUUAAAGAAGGCUAAAUACAAUAAGUGGAAAUAUUAUUUAAAAUAAUUAUUGCAUUUAGACUUAAAUAAUGAUGGAUAUUUAAACUUUUAAGGGAUACGUUUAGCUGUAAGAUAGGCUCCAGAACCUACAGAUAUUAAUUGGAAAAGUUUAAAUGAAUGGAUAGAAUUAUCAUAAUUCAAAAGAUUACUGGAAAUCUUAAUCAACUUUUUGUUAUUGAUAUCCUUAUUAGUAGUGACUUGCACUACAGAAUAAAAAAAAAACAAAAUUAUUUCAUUUAAAUCCAGUUUUACACCUCUAAUAACUAUUAUUUCUUAUUAUGUUUUUCCAUUACUGACCAAAAGGAUAACCUUUCGAAAAUACAUAUCUUGGACAUAAACUGAAAAGAGCUAAUCCUUUAAAUUGACUAUCCUUAUGUCUUUGUUUACAAUCUAUAUAGCUUAAUUUGUUGAUGGAGAGUUGUUUUGGCUUUUCGCUUGGUAUUAUCUUAUAACUAUACUUUAGCAAUUCAUUUCUUCCUCCACUAUUUAUACUUUUAAGACUCUAAUACCACAACCAUAAACUUAAGAUGAAUUGAAUAGACUUUAUGAGCUUCAACAUCACAAUUUAAUUAGGAAUCAUGCUUACAUCAUUUAUACUAUGAUAAUUACAAACAUAUAUGGGAAUCUUAUGCCUAUUAAUUCAAUUAUGUCAUUUAUAGGAUUAAGUCUCUAUUAUUGGGCUGAUAAAUAUGUACUACUUAAUCAUUCUACUGUCAAAUAUUAACCAUCUUCAAAUUUAUCGCUUGAAAUGUUUACCUUAAUAUCAUACACCCCUUUAAUUAUUUCAUGUCAAACGUAUAUGAACUCCGACGAGAACAAGAUUUCUCUAAUUUAAUUGAUCAGUGCAUUCAUAUUCUAUUUGAUUCCUAAAGACCUAAUAAUAAACAAAAUCUGGAAGACAAAGAAGAUUAAAGAAUUUUCACCUUAUGAUGAAUCUCAAUUCAAUUCCUGCUAUGAUAGAACAAAUCCUGCAUUGCAAGAUAAAGCAAUUCAUAACUGGGUAAACUAAUAAAAGAAAGCCCAUGCCAAAUAAAGAAGAGUUUUACAUUUACUAGAUUAGGAAUAAAAGGCCAAACAAAAACGAACUUUGGAAAAAUAAUUAACAAAAAUUUAGAAAUAAAUCAGUUAACUCGAAGCUUAGUUGGAAUAAAAAUAAACUGCUAAACUAAUAACAUAAUCAGAUUAAGUUUCACAAAGCUUUAGCUAAGAGAAAUCGUAAGACUCAUGA